GGAGCCCGCUUUGUUGGACUGAUGCAUGCUAGCAGAUUUCCUUUGUUGUGAUUAAUCGCUUUGUGGUUGUGUUUCUCCUGUAAUAACAUAUAUUGUUAAAGUUACUGUCGUUAUAACUUAGAGGAUGAGUGGCGGAGUGUACGGAGGUGAUUUUGUGAAGGCUGCAUGGCUGGGUGCUGAUGUUAUAAACCUGUGGCAGUGAAACUGCAUGAACUCAAAGAUUAAGAUGUGUAGCCCAAUACUUUUGUCCGCAUUGUGUACAAAUUACACGAAUAAAAUGUUCCCCCAUAUUUUGUGCAUAACUUCAUUCGAAAAAUGUUCAAUCACAGCCCUUCCCUUAUUUCUGCAGAUGAGGUGGGAGCAUUGGUGUUCGACAUCGGCUCUUAUUCUGUAAGAGCUGGCUACGCAGGAGAAGACUGUCCCAAGGCGGACUUUCCCACAGUAAUAGGUGUGACUCUUGACCGAGAGGAUGGCAGCACACCCAUGGAGACUGAUGGUGACAAGGGCAAGCAGAGCGGCACCACCUACUAUAUCGAUACCAAUCAGCUGAGGGUACCCAGAGAGAACAUGGAGGUCAUGUCUCCGCUCAAGAAUGGCAUGAUUGAGGACUGGGACAGUUUCCAGGCUAUUCUGGAUCACACGUACAAGAUGCACUUCAAGUCUGAACCCAGCCUGCACCCCGUGCUCAUGUCAGAGGCGUCGUGGAACACACGAGCAAAGAGAGAGAAACUAACAGAGCUGAUGUUUGAGCAUUACAACAUUCCUGCCUUCUUCCUUUGCAAGUCAGCCGUGCUCUCUGCCUUUGCCAACGGGCGGUCUACAGGCCUGGUUCUAGACAGUGGUGCAACACACACCACUGCAAUUCCAGUGCACGAUGGCUACGUUCUGCAGCAAGGCAUCGUCAAGUCGCCCCUGGCUGGAGACUUCAUGAGCAUGCAGUGCAGGGAGCUGUUUCAGGAGCUAAAUGUGGAGAUAAUCCCUCCCUACAUGAUUGCAUCGAAGGAUCCAGUGCGGGAGGGAGCCCAAGCCAGCUGGAAGAAAAAGGAGAAACUACCUCAAGUCACCCGCUCUUGGCACAACUACAUGUGUAAUUGUGUAAUCCAGGACUUCCAGGCAUCAGUGCUGCAGGUGUCAGACUCUCCAUAUGAUGAACAGGUUGCUGCCCAGAUGCCCACAGUGCACUAUGAGCUGCCCAAUGGCUACAACUGUGACUUUGGAGCAGAGAGGCUGAAGAUCCCAGAGGGGCUGUUUGACCCCUCCAAUGCUAAGGGACUGUCUGGGAACACCAUGCUAGGAGUUGGCCACGUCGUGACAACAAGUGUGGGAAUGUGCGACAUCGACAUCCGGCCUGGUCUGUAUGGCAGUGUGGUGGUGACUGGUGGAAACACGCUCAUUCAGGGCUUCACUGACCGCCUGAACAGAGAACUCUCCCAGAAAACCCCUCCGAGUAUGAGGUUGAAGCUGAUAGCAAACAGUACUACAGUGGAGCGCCGGUUCAGCGCCUGGAUAGGAGGCUCCAUCCUGGCAUCUCUGGGAACCUUCCAGCAGAUGUGGAUCUCCAAACAGGAGUAUGAGGAGGGAGGAAAGCAGUGCGUGGACAGGAAGUGCCCUUGAUUUGACCCCCGAUCCUCAUCGUCUUUUUCACCGCAAGCUCAACUUCAUGAAUGGUUCCCCCCUCUGACCCAGACUCAGGAACACCUCGCUGUUUUAUUUUUGUAUGACUUGUUUUUAAAACUGAGCUUGUCCAUACACCUGUCUGGGAUUUGCUGUAGAAAACAAACAUCUGCAAUUUCAGCUCCUCAGAGCUCCCUGAAAGUCGGCCGGUUGCCUUAUCUGUAAGGUGUUGGUGGGAACCUUGAAUCAAAAAGUCAAGUUUCUGAUCAAAACGACAGAGUACAGAAGCCAAAAUGAUUUGUGCAGAAUGCUGAUAAGGUAAACUUGGGAUGAUUAGGAUGUAUUUGGAAAAACAACCUGUUAGUUUGACGUGAAUAUCGUCUCGUUCAUGAACCUUUUUUUUUUUUUUUCUUCCUAUGUAGCAGGUCAAGUCGUCACAGGCAAAGGCCAGUCCGUUCCUACCUGUGCUUACUGGUAUUAACUCAAAUCUGUAUUUAAUUUUCAGUCUUGCUUGUCAUUGGCUUCAUGUGGUCUUUUACAAAUAAAGUUUUUUGUUUUUUUUAAAUGA